UGUUAGUCUCUCUACUGAUUAUUUACUGUUAAGUUUGGCUAGCUGAAGCAUGUCAGAGGCUCGCUCUUUUACCCCUUUGGCAUAACCUUUAUUUUAUGCCUUACAGUUCUACCCAGUUGGUCUUAGUUCCACCUUCUGUUUCUCUACCUGCAAUCUGUGAAACAAAAGCCCUUAAAAUACGUGAAUAGUGACCUUGCCAUUUGGAGCUUCCUGCGCCUUUGCAUUGGAAUCCAGUUAUCAACAUUGACUCCAGAAGAACGAACCUGAUAAACCAGUAACAAUGGAAGAAAUUGGGAAAGUUGCCAAAAAGCUAGCAUCCCUCACACCAUGAGGCUCAUCUGGUGUCACAGCCACCUCCACUAUAAAACACUAACAGAUUUUUGGGGAGGAAUACGAUGAAAUACACUGAAGUUCUCCUGGAAAAGGUUAAAAAAAAUCCUUCAUGAAGAAGAGAGACCUUAAGCAACAUGAUGGAUUCAGAAGCUCAUGAAAAGAGACCACCAAUCCUUACAUCUUCAAAACAAGACAUCUCACCUCACAUUACAAAUGUUGGUGAGAUGAAGCAUUACCUGUGUGGCUGCUGCGCAGCUUUCAACAAUGUAGCCAUCACAUUUCCCAUUCAGAAGAUCCUUUUUCGGCAGCAGCUCUAUGGAAUCAAAACCCGGGAUGCAGUGCUUCAGUUGAGGAGGGAUGGAUUUAGAAACUUGUAUCGUGGAAUCCUUCCGCCAUUAAUGCAGAAAACCACCACCCUGGCACUUAUGUUUGGUCUGUACGAGGAUUUGUCUUCCCUUCUCCAAAAGCACGUCAGUGCCCCAGAGUUUGCAACCCGUGGCGUGGCGGCAGUACUUGCAGGGACAACAGAAGCCAUUUUCACUCCAUUGGAAAGAGUUCAGACAUUGCUUCAAGACCACAAGCAUCAUGACAAGUUCACAAACACUUAUCAGGCUUUCAGAGCACUGAAGUGCCAUGGAAUUGGAGAGUAUUAUCGAGGUUUGGUGCCCAUUCUAUUCCGUAAUGGAUCCAGCAAUGUCCUUUUCUUUGGUCUUCGAGGUCCCAUUAAGGAGCACCUGCCUACUGCAACGACUCACAGUGCUCAUUUGGUCAAUGACUUCAUCUGUGGAGGUCUACUGGGUGCCAUGUUGGGAUUCUUGUUUUUUCCAGUUAAUGUUGUAAAAACUCGCAUACAGUCUCAGAUUGGUGGAGAAUUUCAGUCUUUCCCCAAGGUUUUCAAAACAAUCUGGCUAGAACGGGACAGAAAAUUGACAAAUCUUUUCAGAGGUGCCCAUUUGAAUUACCAUCGAUCUCUCAUCUCUUGGGGGAUAAUCAAUGCUACUUAUGAGUUCUUGUUAAAGGUUAUAUGAGAAAAGUCGUUGGUGAAGUGCCAUGUAUUAACUAAAUAGACCUAAGAAUGUAGUUUGGUCUUAUUCCUAAUUGGCUCAAAUAUAAGUUGGUGUCACUAAGUCCAGGCUGAAUGAAUUAUGGGCAAAGUUAAUUUCCUUAAGCCUCAACAACAAAAAUAAACAAUAAAAAGUUUCAGUAGGAAAAUUUAAGGGUUUUUUGUUGUUUUUGUCAUUACCCAAGAGCUUUAGGCUUGUUGUCUGGUAAAUAGCUUCUGUCUGGUGACCUUUCACAGGGUAACCAAACAGCGAAGAUAUGAUUCUUUUUUUCCAGAACAGCCUGAAGACUUCGUUAUUGAAACAUGAAUGCCUGUGACCAGCCAGAGAGAAUGCUCUAGGGCCCUGGGACUUCUCAGGCUUACUUUGUUACUCCAUUUCUUGCUUCUUGGCUUUCAGGAGCACUUGCGAAGGGUAGUCUUCAUUGAACUCCAGCAUUUAUGUGGUAGACAAAGGAACAGAACAGAGAAGAACAGCUAAUUAGGUGUAGGUGUUUCAUGAUGAAUUGUUGGUGUUAGUUUUGAAACUAAGCACCUGUUGGGAUCGUGAUUGUCCAAGCUGCCUGUUUUAAAUGUGGUAGAAUCAAGUAGCUAAUGAAAGUUUUGCUUUCUAGCUUUGAAAGUUUUCUCUUUAAUUCUGACUAUGAUCUUAAGCCCUUCCAAAAUAUCCUUGUGUUAAUUUUACUGAUUUCUUUGCUAAAAGAUGGAGGACUAUAAAUAUUUCAUGCUAUUAAGAGGUCAUAAAUGCAUAUGGAUCACACUCUUUUAUCUUGGUUUCUUUAAUAUUAUUGGUGCCAACUUAGCAGAGGGCUUUGACGGUUUUCCCCCCUUGAGUAGUAAUAUAUCAUAUUCAAGCAUCCUGGUCUUUUGAAACUACUUUUAAAAGAUAAACACUUCCAUAUUAACUGAUCCCCAUUUUUUUUUUUUUUUCCUGCUUUCUAAAUGUUACAGGGCUCAAUGGGGAAGCUCAGGAUAGAUUUUGCUCCAUGGUAUUAGCAGUCUUUAUUUUACUUUUGGAAAUAGGGACAUCUUAGGAUUUGGGCAUUUGGGGAACUUAGUUCUACCAGUGUGACAUUAAAACAAAAUAAUUUAAGAGCAUAUGAUCUAAAUAAAGACAUUAGAAGGCUUAUUUUGAAUUUUAGAGCUUGGUAUUGGCUCAACAACACACUCGUACCUUAUUUAACAGAUAAGUUAUUUGUUAAAAGAACCAGGAAAUAUUAGAACUUUUUUUCGAGGUAGAUGAAACAAAAUGACUCUAGGAUCAACUGAAAAACCAAUGAAACAUAAGGAACAUUCUAGAGAAGUAGCUUAUGAAUCUUUAAAAAAAUCCAUCUGUAAAUAUUAUAUAGCUUUUGCCUCCCAAUAUAUGACAUGAAGAAGUGGGUGGGUUUGGGGGAGGGGGUUUGCUUUGGUUUUUUUCAGUGCUGGGAAUGAAACCCAGGACCUUUUGCCUGCUACACAAGUACUCUGCCACUGAGCUAUGCUUCUCACCCCCCUCCCCCGCUCCCAACCUACUUUGAAAGGUUUUUUGAUACAAAUUUUUCAUUUUUCUGGGUAAUAUGUGCACAUACCAACCAAAAUAAAUCAGGGCCUCAUCUAGUAGCUUACUCAAAAGUUUUUGUGGACUUAUAGUCCAAACAGUCAUUUACCUCUAAACACAGUGUGGCUGGUUCAAUCAGGUGACCAUCCUUUCAACUGUGAAGGGUUAGGGAGCACAUUAAAUAUUUGCAAGGCAGUAAUGGAAUUAAAUAGCUUUACAGCAGCUCUGCUUCAUAUUUUUGUGGUAGAUACAGCAGUUCAGAGACCAAGGUACAGAUGUGAGGAUUUCAGAAAGCAAGAACUUGACACCAAAUAAAUUUUAAAUAGCUUCCCUUGGCCUACUGAGUCAGGAUUUAAAGGGAGUUUCAGAAGUGAAUGGAGACGGCACUCCUGACCCCCAGUCACGUUUGAGCAGAGGUGCUCCGCACAUGGAGCAGCCCCUGGCCUUGAAGACACCUCCGCGGGGCCUCCAUUCUGUGGGCCUUUUUGUCUUUACACUCCACACAGGGGAGAGAUUUAAGUUGUAAAGCACUUUUGUGAAAUAAAAGUGAUACGAGAAUUGAAAGUGCUUUGUUUUUUUUUGUGUCUCAAAUGUGACAUUUAAAAACAACAUUGUUAAUGGUUUUAACUCAUUUUUAAAGUUGUCGUUUUUACAGCUCUUGAAGACCAAACUGCAAACACAUUACCAGAGAUGGUUUUGUGUUUUCCUAGACUUUUUUUUUAAUUUGUCAAUUCAGAACUUGUAGCCAACAGCUUUAUCUGAACUUUAAGUCAAAAUGUGUACUUAAGAAAUUCUAACUACUCUUUUUACCUUCAGUGUGAACUGUUGUGCUAAUCAUUUUUAAAAGGCAAACAUGAUUGAAUAACUAUCUGAAGAGCUUUAAGUGGCCUUUCUGUUACAUACAUGGCACAGGCAGCUCAUGAGUAUAAGACACUUGAGGUUUUGUGUCCUAUGCUCCCUGUUUGAUGCCUCCAGAAAUGUUAUGAAUUCUGCAUUUAACACACUUCAAGUGGUACAAGCCCUCAGGACUGCACCACAGAGCAAACACAGCCUUUGUAUGGUGGCAAAUCUUGUGUCUUGUUCUUUUGUAGUAGGGGACAAAGUUGAUGUUUUUGUCUAAAUAAUCAAAUGUUCAUCUUGACUCAUGGUUGAUUAUAUAAUCACCUGCUAUACAUUGUGACCUGUGCAAUAAAACUUGUGUAUAUAAACUUACGUUUGGAUGCCUGAAAUUCCCAAGCUCAACAACAGUGAUAAUACUCAUAUAAGGCUGUGCAAACCUCUAAGGGAAUACUGAGCCGCAGAUAGGGUGUAUGUGGGACCUAGAGGGCUUGCUUCCAGGAAGCCAAUCAUGUCCAACCAACAGCAGGGCAAUACAGGUGAAGUACUGUGGUGUGGGAGUCCGAAAAUGAAGGCAAGGCGGGAGAUGGUACUCGAACAAAGGGUAAGCACUCAGACUCGGUUUCCUUUAUAUUAAAAUCUUUGUUUUUUCAUGUGCAAAUAAAUGAUAUUGAAGACUUGAAUGGCAUUCUCUCUAAAUUUGAGGAUUUUUAGCUUUUAAUGCUUUUGCUUAAUAUUUGCUUGCCUAAAUAGCUCCCAAAUUGUGUGGGGGUCUGUUCCCUCUUAUAAAGUUUUGUUAUUAAAAGCAGUUAAACACACAAACUCUUUGCUGUUUUGAGUUAUGUGACUAUGAGUUAAAUUCAAAUCUGUUAACAUACUUUUAAAAAAAGUAUAAAAAGUUAACAUACUUUUUGUGGUAAUUGGAAUAAAGUUUGUUUUUUAAGCCCA